AUGAAGAUAGAAGGUCUCAAUAUUGCCGAAGGACUUGUGAGCAGCGGUUUGAGCAAGGUCGCUGUCGACAAGGGAAAGAAGAGAUUUUUCGGUGACAAGACUGCCGAGAAGAAGAACACGUUGAGAAUCCAGGAGAUUACUGGAGACCUCGCCAAGGCUGAGCAGUUCUUGCCAUAUUUCCAGAAGGGAGGAAGAGCCGCAGGAGUCGUGGAGUUCCUCUUUGAUGGAUCCCGUCUCCGUAUCUGCAUCCAAAAGGAGACUGUCUUCAUCUCCCUUUUCCUCGGAGGUAUCGAUUGCCCAAAGGGAGCUCGUGUCGUACCAUGA